ACAUAGGGACUCUCUGCCACUCCAACCAUCACCCCGUGCAAAUAAAAUCCCCAUUUUAUAAGCCCAAAGAACGACAGUGGAAACUAAAUGAAAAUAUGCUCAUAGGAGCGGAAGAUGUAGAAUCGACAAAACAGGAACUCUCCCGAUACUUUGAGUCUAACUCCAAUAAUGACACCCCCCCCACUGACAAUCUGGUGCAAGAAAGAUCGAAGUAGGCACACUGCAGAACUGCUAAGGCAAAUUGCUGACCUUGAACUUACACAGAAACAAACACUAGCGGAUGCCACAUAUCUCUCCCUACUUUACGUCAGGCAUCAACACAGAGACCUUCUGUCACAAAACUUACUCCACACCCUCCGAAAGUCCCCUAGGUUCUUCUUCAAACAGUGUAAUAAAUGUUACUGGCUAGGGUUCUGCAGCAGAAGAGAAGACAACACCAUGUACAUAAGAUACAGUUCCACACCCAGGAAGUAACCAGAAAUCCUGAUAAAGUACACAAGGCAUUCCAAAAUUAUUAUGCUGACCUUUACAACUUAGCACAAUCCAAACAGGAUGGGAACUCGCCGAUUCACCGAAGUAGAAUCGAGAAAUACCUAGACCAAAAUGUACCGAGUAAACUCUCUCCCCAACAGGCAGAAGAACUAGAGCAACCGCUGACACUAGAAGAACUGGCUUCAGCCCUCAAGCUCUCUAAGACACCUGCACCGGAUGGCUUGCCCCUAACCUAUCUGGGCACCUUUCGGGAAAUACUACUGCCGGAGCUCUUGGACGGAUUGAACUAUCAAGG